AUGUCUACUAGUGAUCAGAUAACACAACAGGGAGCCAGUGAAAGUACUGUGAAAAAUGAGUUUCGUGCGGUUGUCAGUGAAUCCUGUGAGAAAAAAGAUGAAAAACCCAAGAGGAAGGUUUCCUUUCCCCUUGACCAGAAUUUAGUCACACAAUACUUCGAACCAGCGAACCCUUGGCACGAAGUGCCGAAUACGACGCGUGCGCAGCUCGCCGCCGAAUACCUCGAGGCGUGCAGGAGUCAUGGCACGCCACCUAUCGACUCGGUGCUGCAGCAGAUACGGAUGGAUAAGUUCUUCGACUGCCCGUUACAGGAACUGCCUGAGAACACUAUCGGCGGUUGCACGCGAGCAGCGCGGCUCACGCUCGCCGAAUGCUCGUUGCUCGGCUCGGCGCCGGUGGACGCGCUCGAGUCACUCCUGCGCAAAGUGCAAUUUAGGCGGUUCGAAGUCGAUCAUGUGGAGAUCGAUGAUGAGGGGGCGGAGGCAAUGUUUGAUAUGAUUGAGUACUACGAGAGCGCGUCGGCUGUUAGCAUCAGCGGGCCGAGGCAGUACGGCAUCAGAGGUUGGCAGGCCGCUUCGAGGAUGAUCAAGAAGAGCGCAGAGCUAUCUGAGCUAGAGAUAUCGGAGAGCCCUUUAGAACCUGCGCACGCGCCGGUCUUGGCCAGAUCGCUGAAGCCGCUGGCGUGUCGUCUCCGAUCGUUGUGUUUGCAGCAAGCGUGUCUUGCCGGCGAACCGCUUCUCUGUCUGGUGACGGGCCUCAAGUCCAACAACUCGGUUCGCGAACUGCGCCUCGGCGACAACGGAUUGUCACAAUCCGAUGCGCUUCAGCUGGGUUCGCUGCUGCGUUACAAUACUAGACUGCAGCUCCUGGAUUUGUCUAACAAUCAGAUACAGGAUGCCGGUGUCGGUCAUAUAGCUGAAGCGCUUGUAGCGCAGUCUGCGCGUACGCCGCCCUCCGCCCCCACUUCGCCGCUCUCGCCACAUCAUUGCCCGCUUAGCGGCUACGAGUGCAGGGGUUUAGCGUUUCUCGUUCUUUGGAAUAAUCAGCUGACGAGGAACUGCGCUCAUCAUCUCGCGAAAGUCCUCCGUACGUCCCAAUCUCUAUGUGUCCUGAACGUGGGUAGAAACGCCCUUGGCUCCGAGGGUGUAAGGACGCUGACCAUGGAGGGAGGGGGGGUGCUGGUCUCGUUGGGACUUCAAGCAGCGAGGCUCAGUCUCGACGCGGCUAAGUGCAUCGCCGAAUUGAUACAGAAGGACUGUAAGUUACAGAGGCUUGACCUACGAGACAAUAGAUUGGGCGUGGCAGGUCUGCAGGCUAUAUGUAACGCACUAAAGGACAACCGCACGUUAACGCAAAUCGACUUGGACGAUCCACCGGAGACGCCAAACCCAGCCGUGAACGUCCAGAGCUGCACGGAAGCGGCCACACUUGUCCGUCUUACUCAGGAAAUCAGGUCUAUGUGCCAGAGGAACGAGCCGAGCGGGAAACCGGUGCGCAAGAUCAGUCUGACGUGUCACACUGCGCACGCGCAUACUACAGCGCUAUUGGCAAAGCCGACAUCAGAGGAGGAACGACGCGUGCGCCUCCGUUCGCCGGCGCCCUCCCCGGCCCCCUCACCAGCGCCUUCGCCGUCUCCCUCGCCCUCGCCAGCCGGCAGCCCCGUGCCAGCUGGUCACGCCACAUCUAGGUUCUAUGUGACCCGUGUGACACCAGAGAGAGAUUCCUCCACGGACAGCUCGAGUCCUUCAACUCCCACCAGACCCUCGUACUGUCCCACGCCAUCGAGAUUCAAGGUUGUUCAGGUCGCAGAACCACCACAAAUACAAAUCCACCCAGCGCAACCGCGCCGACCGUCAUCGCGUUUCUCAGUGACAAGGAAUUACGACAGCAUAUACAACCCUUCCCCCGCGCCGUCGCCCUCACCGCCGCCACCGCCCGCUACUGAAAGUGUACCUGAAAGUGUUAAAUGUAAAAAUAAUGUUAAAACAAGUGACUCGAAUGCGAAAGAUAGCGAUCUCAAAAGUGAUAAUGUUGUUCCACCUAUUAAAAGUGCUAGUGAAAUUGUUAAAGCCGUUGAAACUGACAUUUUACAAGAAAAGUCUGACAAAAGUGUUAAUGUUACGCCUAUUCAAACAGUAAAUAUAAAUGUUGAAGCUGUCAAAGGUGAUAUUGAACAUACUAAAUCUGUUAAAAGUAAUAAUGAAGAUGUCAAACCUGACAAAACAGUUGACGUACUAUGCACCCAAAAAGCUAAUUUAGAUAUUAAGAUGGUCAAAAGUGAUAUUUACACAGUAAGUCCUGCUAUGCCUGUAAAAACUGACAGUACAGAUGUCGAAUCUGUUAAAAGUGUUGAUUUUAAGCCUGACCAAAUCAUUAAUGAAGAUGUUCAGCCUGUCAGAAGUGAUAAAAAUGAUGAUACUGUUCUUCGAAUCAACACAGAAAAUGUUAAAGGUUUAUCUGAGACAAUCAAAAGUGAGAAAACAAGUGAUCUCAAUAAAAUUGUUGUUGAGGAUGUUAAAAGAGUAAAACCAGAAACAAUAUCUGACGAAGCUCAUCCUGAAAGGGUACCUGACAUUCAUAUUGUUAAAACAGAUGAUGAAGACCCAAUAUAUUUUAAGUGUACUAAACAUGAACCCAUAGUAAUUAAACCAGAUAAUGUUAUAGAAGCUUUGUAUGAGAUUUGUUCAGCUAGAAAAAAGUGUAUGCAAUCUCAAAUGGCACUACAAACAGAUAUAACAUCUCACAGUGACAAGUUUGAAGUUGAGAAAUUUGAAGAGAAUUCAAAAAAGGCUGAAAACAAAAACGCCAAACAUAUAGAGAGUAUUGUGACAGAGAUAGUCACCGAAAUAGAACCUUUCGAAGUAACGAUAAAACAAGAUUCUGUGAUACACAAACCGCAAGCUACAGCAGAGCUUACACCAAGUUCAGCUGAAAAAUUAGAGUCAGAAGCUCAAAAACCCGAAAUAGUCAAAGUCGCAGUUACAAAUAUUAUCGAUAAUGUCGAUACUUGGCCGCCAUUACGAACUAAAAGUGAUAAACAGAGAGUGGACUGUGAUAGUGACAGUAGAGUUCUUAGUGAUAGUGUUAAAAAUUUUAAAAUUAGUGAUACUGUUAAGUUAGGUGAUAUACUUCCUGAGAGUUAUGAUAGAAUAGAACAGUUGUCACACGAAUCGGUCAGUGACGAUAAAAAAGUUAAAACAGAAACUAAACUAGUAACAACCAGCGUAGAAGUGACUGAGUGCGAAAUGGUCGACGUAGAGGUCGCGGUUACAGUUAAGAGCGAAAUAAAUACCGAAAAAACCAAAGUACACAGUGACCAAAAUGUAAAUAUAAGUAAGGAAAAAGGGGAUGUAGCCAUAAAACAGAUAGAAGCUAUAACGGCCGAUCUAGGUAGUCUAAUACAAGAGAUGCAAGAUCUAACCACGAAACGAAACGAUUUAGUUAUAGAUAACGUUGUACCUGUUCGUGAUAAUGUAGUUUUAAAGAAGAAUAAAAGUGAAUCUAGUCUAGAUAGCCCGGACUUAGAGGUGUCUAGACUCAUGAGGAAGCAAGUCAGUGCCUUUUGCGAUAGUAGCUCAUCACUGGAGAUAUCAGGAAGCUCUGUGGAAAGCCUAAAUAUAGAUCGUAUGAAACCGUUAAUCGAAUCUAUAGAAGCGAAACGGGAACAGUUUUCAAACGAAAGCAGCAUGGAAUCGACAAGUGAAGUGACACCAGUGAAUCUAAAUGUAUCGAUAAGCUCCAACGAGAGUGUUUCGCCAAUUAUAUUUGGUGGUUCCAAGAAAAUUCACGACUCGCUAUCCAGUUUAGAAGCGAGCGUUAGCUCCAUGGAAUCUGCUAAGGAGAAAAUGAUGGUCACCUCGGCGGAUUCUGGUAUAGAGCAUUCUCUUAACCCUGAGGUGAAGGAAGACGGGUCGUCCAAUGAGGGCACCCUUACGAAUAGUUCCAGUCUUAAAGAGUCCGUUAAAAUCUCUCAGGAGACGUUAACUUCUCCAAAGCGGACUUCCAGCUUGCUGGAUGUACCCGCUCUGAAGUCUAAAGGCUUGGACAGGAUGAGAAAGAUCUCAUGGGUAGCGCCGUCGCCUAGCUUCCACAUACCCCGAGCUGAACCAGAACGGAUCGAAAAUAAAUUGCCAACGAAUUUAGAGAAGCUCCUGAGCCUUUUUCAACAUCCCAGCAGUUUAUUCUCAAGAUCAACGGAAGAGGAAAAAAAAUCAAAUUCUAGUACACCACCUAGAAAGGACUCGUCCUUAACCAGUUCCUUCUGGUCUUGGGCUAGCACGUCUGACAAAUCUGACAAGGAAGAUAAGGACGCUGACAGCCUAUCAGAAGCGACGGACUCGACAUUGUCAGAACGUGUUCAAGUGUCGUUCGUGGACGAGUCGUUUUCUAGAAAACUGGAUAAAACGCCUUCCACAGACACCGAGAACACGCUGAGCGAAUUCCAAUCUUUCCAAGCGGGAGACAUUACCGAUUUAACCACCGAUGAAAAAUUAGUACAAAACUUAGUAAGUAAGAGUGAAGACGUAGUUCCCACUACAGAUCUCAUUGUACCCAACGAUUAUGAAAUUGAUAAAGAAAGACUGGUUAAGAUAGAUGACAAGGUAGACGUAAGACCGAGGACGUUCGCGUCUGUACUGAAAUCGACUGGCUCGGAAAAUUCCUUGGACAAACACAGUCCAGACAGUGGACAGCCAGUCGACAAGUUCCCGAGUAAAGUGAUACGCGGCAUCAAGGAAAAUAUAAGCCCGGAGAACACUAUUACGUCGAUGUCUAAAGCCUUAGCUUACGAGCUAUCGGAGCGACAAAUAAAAAACCAACACAUUGUCAGCACCAUAUGGGAAGUUACGCAACCAGCUACGCCUGUCACAGACAAAAGUGAACCUAAGGUUGAUGAUAUAAAAGCUCAAAGUGACUUAGCACCGAUCGCAAAUAUAGAUGAGACGUGUGACGUAGCUGCAGACAACUGCAUUCAGUUUGCAUACAUAGAUGAUGUUAAAGUUAAUAACGCCAAUAAAUUCAUUAAGGAAUUAGGCACAGUUGACGUUGGCAAAGACGCUUUAUCAUAUUUAGAUAAAAAUAAACCGGAGCCGUCUCUUGCGCAAGAAUUGAAAGAUGCGGAGAGAAAAGAACUAGUCGACCUAUCACCGGAACUAGUUUUGGACGAAGUAGGCGAGCCAGAAUUCUCUAAUAUAAAGGGUAUAAAGAACUCUCCCGUAAUUCCGGACCGCGCUAAAAUAAAGAAAUCUAACUCGCUAGAGGAUUUGACAAAACGGCCGGAAAAGGACAGCCCGAAACUAAAAACUAUUGCAUUCAAAGUUCCCGAGAGCACAACGCCGCAGGAUAUUCCGGAGAGGAGGAGUAAAUUACGCAGUAGAACUGGCUCGAGUCCAAAAUCUCUCCCCGAGAGCCUUAAUAAACCAUGUCCAUUAGCAAAGAUGGACACAAUUCUCACAAAGAAAAAGAAAAAAGUGUCUUCGUUAGGCAAGAUGGCGCGUGAUUCUCUCCUAGCGUUAAAUAUGAGUGAAGACGAGAUAGCAGAAUUUCGGAGGUCCUACAAAUUAACCUCAGUCGAAAGCUUGAAAUCGCUCGAAUCCGUAUCUGAAGACGCGAACUCGCAGAGCGGGACGUCCAUAGAUUCUAGAUGCAGGGCGUGUCUACGGACGAGUCAAGAGAGUCUAAUGUCACUCGACUCUAUAUCGGAGGAUUGUCGAUGCCAAGAGUUCUGCGAGAGACGAUCGCACACCAAUAGAUAA